CGACAAGACUUAGGGUUAAGUCAAAAACAAAAUCCGAAACAGAGUUUAGAUCAGAGCUCAGGAGAAGUAACUACGAGAAGACGAAGAAGAAUAUUGAUUUGGAGAGAGAGUUAUUUUGAGUAACGAUGGAAGAGAGUCAUGAACUCGAUAUGGAGAAAACUGAUAGACGUAUUUGGUUGAUGAAGUGUCCUGUAGUUGUAGCCAAGACAUGGGAGAAGCUAGCUCCUUCGUCUUCUUCUUAUUCUUCCUCUGAUUCUCUUCCCAACUUGGCAAAGGUUGUUCUCGACGUUGAUCCUUUACGGCCCGAUUAUUCGCCUGAGUUUACUAUGCAAAUGGUUGCUGCUGAGUAUGGGAACAUGCCAAAGUGCUACGCUUUGAACAUGUUCAAAGACUUUGUUCCGAUGGAGGCCUUCUCCGAAACCAAUCUAGUAAAUACAGCUGUUGAAGGAAAUGUUGAUCACAAAUUCGAUAUGAAGCCACAUGGCGAGAACAUUGAAGAAUAUGCUAGGCUCUGUCGUGAGAGAACGAGCAAAGCCAUGGUUAAAAAUCGACAGAUUCAGGUUAUUGAUAAUGACCGCGGAGUACAUAUGAGGCCCAUGCCUGGAAUGCUUGGUUUAGUUUCCUCCAAUUCAAAGGAAAAGAGGAAACCUCCCCCAGUCAAGCAAACCGAGGUGAAGAGGACGAGGAGAGAUCGUGGUGAGCUUGAAGCUAUAAUGUUCAAGCUAUUCGAAGGCCAACCUAACUGGACAUUGAAGCAGCUUGUACAAGAGACGGACCAGCCAGCUCAGUUCCUGAAAGAAAUACUAAACGAGCUCUGCGUGUACAAUAAGAGAGGAUCAAACCAAGGGACAUAUGAGCUUAAACCUGAAUACAAGAAAUCUGCUGAAGAUGAUGCAGGUGGGCAGUAAAAUCAAUCCCUGUGUAAUGCACUACCAUAUACUUGUGCCAUAGUCAUAACAUUAUUAUAUAAACGCUGAGUCCAUUGAUCGGAAAAAAAAAGAUUUUAGCAGGGAAGAGAAAAGAGGGUUUUUAAGUGGUAAUCUUUAUUAUAUAAAAGUGAGUUUUUGUUUUA